CUAAAAAUAGAAGUGUUGUUUGUUACCAAUAGUGGUGCAAUUGUCAGUCUUUUUGCAGGUAUAAAAAUCAAUGUCAUGCCGUCACACCGGCAUUUUGCGAAAAAUCGAAGGGUGUGCAGCUGUAAAUUAGCAUGGAACCACCUUUAAUUCUGCGUUCCGUAUCGUUUGGACACCAUCCCAUGGAAGGGAUAAUGUGCCGCAGCCCCCUGUCUUCAUUUGGCGAUGACUUCACAAUAUUAUGUCAAAACAGUCUAGCUCAGCAAAACAGGAAACAUGACGGAAUCAUACACCCAACACCAGACAAUAAUAUAAACUCCAACUCCAAGGAAGAAAUGAAGACAUUGACAAUAACAGUGACUGAAGAAAAAUUAGUGGAAGUAAGUCAAGUGAAGGACACAAUAGAUAUCGAUGACGAGUUAAAAAAUGCUGAAAAAAGAACUGGAAAGUGCAAGAUCCCUAACGACAUUUUGGAGAAAUAUGGUUCAAAAACGACCCAACAGCAUAAGAAGAAAGUAAAGCAAGAAAAGAAAGGAAAGAAAUGGAAAACUUUGUCAACAGUUGAAAUGGGGUUCAAAAUCUCUCUUUUUCCAAGACCAACUAUUGACAAUCUGAGUAUUGAAAAAGAUGCUGAAGGAAUUUUCAAUAAAAUAGAGAGGGAAUGUGAUGAGUUAGAGUCUUUAACAGAAAAUUUUGAAAAACUUCAAGAUAUGGAGGGGUGCUUAAGUGGAAAUAUGAAAUUAGAAAUCCGCCCUGAUCGUGAUAGAAAAGUAGAAAAAGCACAUAACCAAGUGAAGACAAAAUACUGCAAAAAUGUGACAAACAAUCAAGGACGUAAACGUUUAUACAUUCAUCACCGCAUUUAUAAACUCAUGAGAAUGGAAAUUACCAUAAGUCUUAACUAUAUGCCAAGCAGAAAAAGAGAGAGAUUCACUUUAAGCAGGGAAGAAGUAAAGAAUGCCUUUACCUCUAAGAAAGUGAAAGAACCAAAUGUGGCUCCCCGGCCUCCACCCCAAAACUUGGCGUACGCUCUGGAUAAUCACAAUGCUUCCAUGGACCUUGACAGUGCCAUGGUGAACGUUCUGAUUGGUUUACAGCACAGGGACCUAACCCCUGAAGACUACGAGCUACUGCUGAGACUAGAUGAACAAGUUGCACCUAAAACAGUCUCCUCAAAUACUAUAAGAAACUUUAAAACAGAAACCAUUGAUUUGACAAUAGCUGGUGAACUUUGUACUAUAUGCAUGGAAGUCUAUGAAGUAGGGCAGACUCGUAAGUUCCUGCCCUGCACCCAUCACUUCCACUCGGACUGUAUCGAGAUGUGGUUGACCAACUCCUCAGUAAACUGUCCAAUCGAUAACCUCCCUGUGGAGCCGUCAUGACCAGCAGCGUUAUAAUUGUGUUAAAUUCAGUUACAAAUACUCACUUUAAAAUAUUUAUGGAAGCUUUUAAAAAUCUUUGUAUUGCAUGUGUGUGAUAUAUGGAUUUAUGCUUAUUAAUAAAAUAUAUAAUAAUGAAAA